AUGGCGUCUUCCGAAUCCGCUCCCGCCGUCGCCAUGGUCACCAUCAAGGCGAACUACGACGGUGAGCAUCAUCGCUUUAAGCUCCCUCUUCGCGAUAUGGUUCCUGCUGUUUUUGAAGACAAGGUUCGACGUGCUCUCCGAAUCACAGUGGAUCAAGUCUGCAUUAUCGAACGCUACUCCGAUUCGGCUUCAGCUUUCCUUAUUCUGGACCGUGCCAACAUUUCCGUCUACAAGCAGCUUUAUCGCGCUGCCAAGGCCAAGUCCAAGUUGAAGAUUCGAGUCACCAUGAUCCAGACUACUGUACAGCAGCCCUCUGUGAUCGAGGAGCCCCUCACAAUUACUACCGCCGAGCCGGCCCAGCAGCCGCAGGAAUUCGCCACUUCCCCCAUCAAUCACACUGCCGAUCGCUCCGUCAUGACCGAUCCCUACUUGCGAAGCAUGGCGCCUCCCGUGUGUCCCUACGCUGGUUCCACCCUGGAGUAUCGAGUCUGCUGCAACAGCUGUGAACGCACCAUUCCUGACGUCCACUACCACUGCAACAAGUGCGACGAUGACGACUUUGAUCUUUGCCUAGCUUGUGUGGAGAGUGGAAUCACCUGCUACAGCCCCGAUCACUGGUUGAUCAAGCGAUUCAAGAAGGAUGGCGUGUUCGUGAGCAGCACCACCGAGACUCUUGCCCCAAGCAAGCUCGUCAAGAAGGAGUCUGAGCCGCCUGCCGCCCAGCCUGUGGCCGAGAAGACCGCUGUUCCCGUCAUUCCCGCCCCAAAGACGGAGGCCGUACCCGUGCCCGUACCCCAGGCUAUGUAUAGGACGUGCAACUCAUGCGUGCGAGAACGUCCCGAGCAUGUCUUCGUCCAUUGCACCACCUGCUACGACUUUGAUCUUUGCUCCACCUGCUUCUCCCUGGAUGCCCAUGGGCACCAUCCCAAGCACGAAUUCAAGCCCGCCGUGGAGAAUGCGCGCCUCUCCGACGCAGUCGUUGCUAAGCUCGGCGCGGGUCGCAACCUAACCCAUCACGCCAUCUGUGACAAGUGUGAUAAGUUCAUCCGGGGAGUUCGUCACAAGUGCCUUGACUGCCCUGAUUGGGACUACUGCGGCGAGUGCAUCAAGGACGCCUCGACUGACCAUGCCGGCCACCGCUUCGCUCCCAUCUACGAGUCGCUCACCCAUACUGGGCCCAUGCGCUCGAGCUUCCACCCUAUUCAUGAGGGCAUCUGCUGCGAUGGCCCCUCUGCGAGUCCAACCCUAUCCACUACCGGCGUCGACAGGAACGGAAAGGAGCUUCCCAUGAUGGGCGAUGCCAUCUCCCCGCCGACCACUAGGCUUUCAAGCAACGCUACAUCUCGGCGUGAGCCCACCAUCUCGAGCCCCCGCGCCGUGAUUAAUGUGGAGCCCUCGGAGCCCGAGCCUGCUCCGGCUGCUCACCAAGAAAAGGCUAUCGUGAAGGAGGUACAAGGGUCGGAACAAGCAGAAAAGGCUCAAGAGACGCCCGCCAAGCCCGAGCGCACCCCUGAAAAGCUUGACUCGACCUGGGUCCUUCGCAACUCGGGCGACGUCGCGUGGCCCGCCGGCUGCGCCGUCAAGUUUGUCGGCGGUGACUAUAUGGGCCACGUGGACUCGAACCACCCGGCCGGUAUCUCGGAGCUAGUUUCGGCAUCCGAGUCUACUGUCUGCUAUGACACCCUGGAGCCCGGCAAGGAUUAUCCCUUCACCGUCCGGGCCCCUGUGUCGCAAGAGUCCCAACCUGCCGCUUUCCACAAGCAGGAGACCAGGCAGCCCGAACCCGUUGUUGACAGCAGCCAAGUGGUUUUCCCUAAGCUCGACAAGGAAUCGCCCGUCUCUAGCAUACACCAAGAAUCGAACAAGGAGGCGGAAUCGGAAGAGCAGGCGCCGCUCAGCCCUCGGGAGGUCGAAUUCGACGACCUGGAGGGCGAAGUUUGGGAUGGGUCGGACGAGGGAUUCUUGACCGACGAAGAGUAUGACAUCCUUGACGCAUCCGAUGAGGAAUACCACGAGGAUCAGAAGCAGAAGGCGCUUCUCAGGAGAUAA